AUGCCUCACCUGCAACAAGGUGCUAAGGUGAUUGGAAGAAAAGCUUUACAAACGGGUGUCAAUGUUGCCCUAGAUGUUCUUGAAGGAGAUAACAUUAAGAAGGCAAUCAGCAAACAGGCUAAACAAGCCCUCGGUCUACCUGCCCAGAAUUCAUUGCAGGGACAAUCAGGAGCUGGCAAAAAAGCUAUAAAAAGGAAAGCGCAAGGCUAAAAAAAUCAGUUCACUUCCCGGCAAGAACGCAGGGACCUCUCCGCAAGCGAAGAAACCUAAAAAAGGGAACUUGACUGAAUUUUUUGACAAAGAAUAGAAUGGUCUUCGUUCAUCACGAGUCACGCGAGUGUACUAAACCAGAGCUCGACCUUUUUACUAUUCCUGCUACACAAACCUCUAUUCACAAAGGGCAAUGGAUUGAAUAUCACCCUCUCAGCAACAUCACGGACACUGGUCCUAUUGAAUUUAACGUAGCUGAAACCGGAGAAGAAUAUUCAGAUUUAGCUGGAACACAACUUCAUGUGAAAGCUAAGAUCAAGAAAGCAAACGGAACCGCGUUAGAUGCCGAUACACAAGUGGGUCCGGUAAACCUGUUUUUACAUUCUCUGUUUUCACAAGUAGACGUUUCCUUGAAUGACCGACUUAUAUCUGCAUCCACUUAUACUUACCCC